UAUAUAUAUAUAUAUAUAUAUAUAUAAAAUGGGAGAGAUUGGUGUCGGCACGACGCGACAAGCUGUCGCGGGUUUCGCUCGUUGUUGGGAGUGUUGGGUGACGUGUAGGAUUCGACCUCUGGUUCGAUCGGAGGUGAAGGGGGAUGGAGACGUUCUACCUCUCGCACGGGUCGCCGACGCUGUCGAUCGACGAGAGCUUGCCGGCGAGGCCCUUCCUUCAGUCGUGGCGGUCCAAGGUGCUGCAGGCGGCGCCCAGGGCCAUCCUCGUCGUAUCCGCUCACUGGGAGACCGCUUCCCCCACCGUGAACGUCAUCGAUGGCCCUAACGACACCAUCCACGACUUCUACGGCUUCCCCAAGCCCAUGUAUCAGCUUAAGUACCCUGCACCUGGUGCACCCAAGCUGGCAAAUAGAGUGAGGGAGCUACUACAGAAUGCUGGCUUCAGCCAUGUCAAAGAGGAGAAGACCCGUGGGCUCGACCAUGGUGCAUGGGUUCCACUGAUGCUUAUGUAUCCAGAGGCAGACAUUCCUGUGUGUCAGCUUUCACUCCAAACAGAGAAGGGUGCGACACACCACUAUAACAUGGGGAAGGCACUAACCCCUCUUAGGGAUGAGGGAGUCCUUAUUAUUGGGUCUGGGAGUGCCACUCACAACUUGAGUAUUGCACUUUUGGAUGAUGGACCUAUCGAAAAAUGGGCCCUGGACUUCGAUACUUGGCUCAAGGAGUCACUGAUAAAUAAGAGACAUGAUGACCUGAAUAACUACGAGGAGAAGGCUCCUGACGCAAGAAUGGCGCACCCAUCGCCGGAACAUCUCUAUCCAUUGCAUGUGGCCCUUGGAGCUGCAGGGGAAAAUGCCAAGGCUGAGUUAAUUCAUCAUAGCUGGACCGAGCGAACUCUUUCAUACGCCUCAUACAGGUUUACCGCUGCAGAAUGAUGGGCGUCCAAAUUGUUAUAUAUAGCCGACAGGCUCAUUUCAGUGUAUUCAAUCCAAACACCCUUUUGCUUGAAUUGUAACAUUAAUAAGAAGCUUUUAUCCUCCACAGAAAUGUAAACUAUCACAUUCCAGUUUCAGGUCAUGUGCCGAUUAUAUGUAGUGUUGUGACACUCAUGAAAUAAUUUAUAUUUUACAA